AAUUUGAUUACAUAUACCUACCAAAAGUAAAAAUAAUAUUGAAAAAGGUAGGUAUAUAGGUUAUCUACAUAGGUAUAUUUAUUUUUUUCUUCAUUGGUAGGUACCUUUUCUAAUCAUUCGUUUUGCAAAAUUGUUGUGAUAUUUUUCACUUGAAAACACGAGAAUAAGCGAGACUCAACAUAGAUUGGUGAAUCAAAACGCAACAUGAGUGCUGUGGAUCAUGUUCAGAUCAAGGAGUUGAAGCCAGGAAUGAAGAACAUCAACGCGGUGUUCAUAGUCCUGGAAGUAGGGCCACCGACGCUGACGAAGGAGGCACGGGAAGUCCGUACGUUGCGGGUGGCGGACGCUUCCGCCUGCGUGAACUUGUCUGUGUGGGACGAGCCGGGGGCGCUGCUAUUGCCCGGAGACAUCGUACGGCUCACCCGUGGCUACGCUUCUCUGUGGCGAAACGCGCUUACCCUCUACUCUGGCAAAUCCGGCGACAUACAGAAGGUGGGGGAGUUCUGCAUGCUGUUCAACGAGCAGGUCAACAUGAGCGAGCCGCAGCCGACGCCGCCCCCCGCCCCGCUCAACUCCGCCCCCUCCGACCGCUCCAACGGCGCCCAUAACGCCUCCCGAGGCCACCAGGCUGCCUCGCAGCAGCCAUUGUCUACUCCACAGCAUACCCCCAAAACAGAUCGCUUUGGGUCAAAUUCACAAGAUAACAAACACCAACACAAGACUUAUGUGAGGGGCCGAGGCCACCAGCGGGGAAACAACCGCAGAUAAUCAAUCAAGCUGUAGAUAGGACAUUCAACGAAUUGAGACUGAUGAGUGAUUUAAGUGUAAUUGAACAAAAACCAAGCUUGUAGUUUAGUUUUAGUGCUGUCAUAAUAAGUGCAGCUGAAGACUGCAUAAUUUAAGAUGACUUUGUAACUAAUGAUAAUCUAUAUAUAAGUAAUAAUGUUCUGUAUAUUGAUGUGAAUAGCAAUAGUAGUAGUAAUUCCUAGUAUUUAGCAGCAAACUAACAUAAUUUUGAUAAUAAGUAUAUGUUUAUCAUAAAAGCUUAUUCAUGAAUAUUCUAUACCUUACAGUUGACAAGAAGAAAUGGUUAUAUCUACAAUUAGGUAGAUAUCAAAAUAUUUAGAAGGAACAAUUUUCAUUUCUAAUUUUAGAUAAUUGAUUAUUCCAUCUUUUUGAAUCAUAUGCAUUCCAAAAAUCAAUUCAUUUCUGUCCAGGCUUAAUUAAAAACUACCAGCUUUUGAAAUGUAUUUAUGUGGUGAAAUGUAUUUAUGUCAAUCAUGACCAAUUUGACUGGUAAUAAAAAACCUUAAUCUAAUGGUAUAUAAAUUGUAAUUAUAGUUAAACCAAAGCAGUUGGCUUCAAG